CACAUAAACAAAGCCACAUUGGGCAGACUGGAUAGUUGAAGCUCGCGUUGCUGUCAGUGAGCGGAGUCCGGGUGUGUUUUCUCUCUCUCCCCCCUCUCUCUAUCUCUCUCUCUCUCUCGCUCGCUCUAUCUAUGCUUGGCGUUGCGGCUACCGACGCGCAUGGUUUGGAGCUUUUACUAAAACUGAUGAAUGACCAUCUACAUGCUUCUCGCAUGGACUGAACGACACGAUCCUGAUGUGAAAGAGAGGCAGAUCCGGAAAAGAGCCGCUCUCUUCAACCCUGACAUCCACACAGCUCCUGACAUUGCUAAUUUCAAGUGCCACCGGGGAGGUGUCAGAAAACUUGAGCCAUGCCCUGCGUCCAGGCUCAGUAUGGAUCAUCACCUCAAGGAGCCAGCCCUGCUUCCCAAAGCUACAGCUACCACACCGCAGGAGAAUACAGCUGCGACUUCCUAACGCCCGAGUUUGUUAAGUUUAGCAUGGACUUGACCAACACUGAGAUCACAGCCACGACUUCUCUCCCAAGUUUCAGCACCUUCAUGGACAACUAUAACACCGGUUACGACGUGAAACCGCCUUGUCUGUAUCAGAUGCCACACUCUGGAGAGCAGUCCGCCAUCAAGGUGGAGGACGUCCAGAUGCACAGCUACCAUCAGCAGAGCCACCUGCCGCCCCAGUCGGAAGAAAUGAUCGCUCACACUGGGCCUAUGUACUUCAAACCCUCUUCGCCUCACUCCCCCAGCACACCAAACUUCCAGGUUCAGCCUAACCACAUGUGGGAGGACCCCGGCUCGCUCCACAGUUUCCACCAGAACUAUGUCACCUCUCACAUGAUGGAUCAGCGCAAGAACCCCAUGUCGAGGCUUUCGCUCUUCUCCUUCAAGCAGUCCCCGCCCGGUACCCCCGUGUCCAGCUGUCAGAUGAGGUUCGACGGGCCGCUGCACGUCUCCAUGAACCACGACAACCCGGGCGCGCACCGCGGCCUGGAUGGUCAGAGCUUCGCGGUGCCCACCGUAAUAAGGAAGCAGGCCGGUCUGGCCUUUCCUCACUCCCUGCAGCUGAGCCACGGGCACCAGCUGGUGGACAGUCAAGUUCCAUCGCCUCCUUCAAGAGGAUCUCCGUCAAACGAGGGUCUGUGUGCGGUGUGUGGGGACAACGCAGCCUGCCAGCAUUAUGGAGUGAGGACUUGCGAGGGCUGCAAAGGAUUUUUCAAGCGCACCGUUCAGAAGAAUGCCAAAUACGUCUGUUUAGCGAAUAAAAACUGUCCAGUCGACAAACGCCGGAGAAAUCGGUGCCAGUUUUGUCGUUUCCAAAAGUGCCUCGUCGUUGGAAUGGUGAGAGAAGUUGUCCGAACAGAUAACCUGAAAGGACGGAGAGGACGCCUACCAUCCAAACCCAAAAGUCCCCAGGAGCCCUCCCCGCCGUCGCCGCCGGUGAGCCUCAUAAGCGCGCUGGUCAGGGCCCAUGUGGACUCCAACCCCUCCAUGUCUGCUCUGGACUACUCAAGAUUCCAGGCGAGCCCUGACUACCAGAUGACCGGAGACAACACUCAGCACAUCCAGCAGUUCUACGACCUCCUGACGGGCUCCAUGGAGAUCAUACGGGGCUGGGCGGAGAAGAUCCCAGGCUUCUCUGAUCUUCCGAAGCAGGACCAGGACCUCCUCUUUGAAUCCGCUUUCCUUGAGCUUUUCGUUUUGCGGCUGGCAUACAGGUCCAACCCGGUGGAAGGAAAACUCAUCUUUUGCAACGGGGUGGUGUUGCACAGACUACAGUGCGUCCGUGGAUUUGGAGAGUGGGUGGACGCCAUCGUGGAGUUUUCUUCCAACUUGCAGAGCAUGAACGUAGACAUCUCAGCGUUCUCCUGCAUCGCGGCUUUGGCCAUGGUAACAGAGCGACAUGGACUAAAGGAACCCAAGAGAGUCGACGAUCUCCAAAACAAGAUCGUCAACUGCUUGAAAGAUCAAGUGACAUUCAAUGGUGGCGGUUUGAAUCGUCCCAACUACCUGUCAAAACUCUUGGGAAAGCUGCCCGAACUGCGCACUCUAUGUACCCAAGGUCUGCAGCGUAUCUUUUACCUAAAGCUAGAGGACCUAGUCCCUCCGCCGGCAAUAAUUGACAAACUUUUUCUCGACACUCUACCUUUCUGAGUGCAACUCCGAGGCAAAAACCUCAAAGAACUUCCAAACAAUAUAAAACAAAAGACUGAGGCGACGAUUUUCAACUUUUUUUUUCUCCUAAUUUUUUGGGAGGGGGAAUUCGUAAAAUAGAAUUCAUGAGGAGUGACGAAAAAUAACAGAAAUCGGAGAGGAAAUCAUUAUUUUCUUUCUUUCUUUCUUUCUUUCUUUCUUUCUUUCUUUCUUUCUUUCUUUCUUUCUUCUUCACAUGUAAUAUUCUCCAUUUAUAUAUAUAAAUAUAUAUAUAUGUACACAGUAAAUAUAUAAACACGCGCGCACACGCACACUCGCAGGUUCUGUGUUCUGAUAGAUGACAUGAUGUCUCGAAUGCAUCGGGUUAUAACACGUGUACAGAGUUUGUUAUAAUGAAAAGGUUGACUUUUCUUCUUCUUUUCUUCUUCUUUUCUUUUCUUUUUUGGAUUCGUGCCUCUGUGUUUCUGACAGGAUCCCAAAAACCAGAUAAGAAAACGCAUGUUCCACUUUCUGUUCCUUUCCUUCUCUCUUGUUCUUUUAUAGGCACUUGCUGAGGUGAUGUCUAUAUAUAAAAUAUACCGGACACUAUGUAGUCUGCUAGAUUUGAUACAGAUCAGUAGUUAUGGCACUCCUUUUAUGUAUGAAUCAAAUGUGGAAAAAACAAACAAACAAAAAAAAAACAAUAUUCCAUCUGUAUAGAAAUGAGGGACCCAUGGUGUUUGUAAAACUGUCAGACAUUCCUUGUUUGUAUGUGCUGUAAGUAUUGUUGCUGUUCAAUAUAAACGUUUCUAUAUAUUUAUUAUUUCUACUGCCAAGAGCUACACUAAGCAUGGUGCAAUUUAAACGAUUUAAAAACCCACCCGAGUUCAUGCUGAGCACGUUGUCUAUGUUUUAUGUCUUCUAGGUAGUUUUGGUUUAACGGAGGUGGAGGAGGAGAGAAAUAAUCCAUUCUAUUUUAAUUGGUUCAUGAGUGUGUGAUAUGGGCCUCCAUCUCUGGCAUCAUGGUGUAAUUACUGCAGCUUGUGUAACGCACUCGGUGCCGAAUUGAAGAAAAAAAGAAACAAAAACUUAAGAAAGAAAGACAUAUUUAAUGUUUACAAAUAAAAUUUCUAAAUCAAA